UGCUGGACGUCAAAUCUGAGAAAAACUGCAACAGUCUACAUUGAGGGGAAAACUAUAACAAAUGACCCCCCACCUCCCCACCAGAUAUUAGUGGUUUACUCGCCAUUUUCAAUCGGAAGUUUAAGGAGAAGACCUAAUUUACGUUUUCACUCUGUUCGGUGUGUGACCGUGUGGGGAUGGAUGAGAUGCGGCCUAGCAGCGGAUCAGCAGCGCACCUCGGCCUCGCGUCGCUCUUUCCCCCGGGAUUGCAGGCUAUUUACGGGGAAUGCAGGCGACUGUACCCCGAUCAGGCGAACCCGCUGCAGGUCACAGCCAUUGUGAAGUAUUGGUUAGGGGGCCCAGAUCCUCUGGACUACAUUAGUAUGUACAGAAACGUGGGGUGUCCUGGCCAAGACAUACCUGAACAUUGGCACUACGUCAGCCUUGGUCUCAGUGACUUGUAUGGGGACAACAGAGCUCAUGAAUUCACAGGUCAGGAGGGCCCGAGUGGUUUUGGGUUUGAGCUCACAUUUCGUUUGAAGAGGGAAGUAGGAGAGACCGCGCCCCCCACCUGGCCAGCUGAACUCAUGCAAGGCUUGGCUCGAUAUGUCUUUCAGUCUGAAAACACAUUCUGCAGCGGUGACCACAUUUCAUGGCACAGCCCAUUGGACAACAGCGAGUCCAGAAUCCAACAUAUGCUACUCACGGAGGACCCACAGAUGCAGUCAAUGCAGACUCCCUUUGGUCAUGUCAGCUUCCUUCAGAUUGUGGGCAUUUGUACAGAGGAGUUGCAAGCUGCACAGCAGUGGAACGGUCAAGGCAUUCUGGACCUGCUGAGAGGAGUGCACAUUGCUGGGGGUCCAUGGUUAAUCACUGACAUGAGAAGAGGGGAAACCAUAUUUGACAUUGAUCCACACUUACAACAGGAACGAGUGGAUAAGGGCAUUGAGACAGACGGCUCUAACUUGAGCGGUGUCAGUGCCAAGUGUGCCUGGGAUGACUUGAGCCGCCCUCCCGAGGACGAGGAUGACAGCAGGAGCAUUUGCAUUGGGUCACAGCCGCGCAGGUUGUCUGAUAAAGACACUGAACAGAUUAGAGAAGCCUUGAGGAAAGGACUGGAGAUUAACAGCAAGUCUGUCUUGCCUCCCAUCAGCAGUCAGAGACACAGUCACGACCGGCCACAACAAUCGGUUGGACAUUUGCAGACCCAGCAGAACUCAAGUCGUAAGGACAGUCUGGAGAGUGAGAGCUCAGCUGCUAUUGUCCCUCAUGAGCUGGUGCGAACACGACAGCUAGAAAGUGUCCACCUGAAAUUCAACCAGGAGUCUGGAACUCUACUCCCACUGUGCCUCAGAGGUCGGCUACUUCAUGGCAGACAUUUCACAUAUAAAAGCAUUAAUGGAGAUACAGCAAUCACCUUUGUAUCCACUGGGGUAGAAGGAGCCUUUGCCACAGAAGAGCAUCCAUAUGCAGCACAUGGCCCAUGGCUACAGAUAUUACUUACCGAGGAACUUGUAGAGCAAAUGCUAGCUGACAUCCAGGAUUUGAGCUCCCAUGAAUCUAAGCUGCCAAAGGAGUACAGCUGGCCCGACAAGAAGCUCAAGAUCUCCGUCCUGCCAGACACAGUGUUUGACAGCCCAUUGCAAUAGACUGGGACCUUGCUGUCUCUGGCUACAAAUCCACAUCUCUAGAAAGAAGAUAAACUUCAGGCUCUUGUCUGAGUCAUGUGCCUAUAAAAACAGAAGGAAAGCCUGAAGGAAACUGACCUUUAGACAUUUCCCCUAUUUCCAGAGAGCAUUGUUAGAUGAUGGCACAAGACCCAAAACAUUAAGGUUUUGUAUUGUGUCCAUUAUACUACUUGACUUUGAAUUGGUGAAUUCAUCUUUAACUCUUUCCCCGCCAGCGUUUUUUAAAAAAAGUUGCCAGCCACCGCCAGGGUUUUUGACGAUUUUCGCUAAACUUUAAUGGCCCGCAGAAUAUUUUCUUCCAUGAAUAUAUGAAGAUGCUAUAUAUCACAAUAAAGAUCUGAGCCUCUGCUUUUAGGCAAAAAAAAACGAUUUUAUUUUAUCUUCAUUUGUUCUUUUUUUAUUUGAACAGAGGUAGGUUUUGUCAAAAAACAACAUUUCAGACAAAAAGCUGAGAAAAAGGCAUUUUUAUGUCUGAUAUUUUGAGCUUCUCAAUACUCCACUUCUUCAUGUUUGAGACAAUCGCAGUCUGUUUCUUUGAUCAAAGAGUUGCGUACUCUUUCAAAACAUGCGCAGGGGUCUUCCUUACCGUAUAACACCUAAAACACGGAAACCCGGAAAAUUCCGUGUUUGGCGGGGAAGCGUUUUUUCAUAAAACGCGGAAAAUUCCGUGUUUGGCGGGGAAAGAGUUAAGAAAUAUUUUCAAAAACAUGUCAGGUUGAUGUUUUUCUGGUGUCUGCCAUUUUUUCCAAAGACCGUAAGGGCAUAUUCUUUAUUUUAAUUUAGCAGCACGAGAUAAUGUACCAGCACCGGUGCCUUCAUUCACCACAGAAUGGACAAAAAUGUUUGAGAACAUUUGUUCUUCUUAAUCCUGCUUCUAAUGUGAAGGAAAGCACACUAAGGAAUAAGCCUUUGUGAAUAAUUUGUAUCGAAAAAUUGCUGUUUUGGCAGAGUAUGAAAUUCAGUAGUGCCUAUUGUAAGUUGAUGAUCUAUGGUAAGGUCUGUUCAAUUUGACAAACAACAGGUGGUCAGUCAGUUCACCUACACAAUGCCAAAGCAUGUACAGUACUGGUGUUUUCUAAACCAUGUCUAAUGGACCAUAAAGAUGAGAAGCAGGAAACUGUUGCAUGAUAUUUUAGUUUGAUUUUGUUAACCAUUUCACAUGUAUUGGACUUCAUUUACUUAAGACUUUAAGUUGUGAUUUAAGAAUGCGAUUGCAUUCCAGGCCUCUUUGUAGGGAAGCAAACUAACUGAUUCCUGAAGAGCAGUCUAUAUUCACAGAAUGUGCAUUUGUUAUUUUUGGUUAUGUGCUCCAUAAUGAAGGGCAAAGUGUAAAAAAGAACCUCUAUUAGUGCUUUUUAAAAGAUUUGAAUUAGUGUAAUGACAUUUUUUUAUAUUUUGAAGAAUCAUUACACUGCCUGUGGUUUUGUUACUCUUACGUGCAUUUAAGUUAUUUACAUAAUUUGGUGUAUUUGUGUUUUGUUUUUGUUUUUUUACUACAAAACCUGAAAAAUAUACAUGUUUGUAGGAUUUCCCUUAUGGCAAAUAUUGCCAUGUUCAUUUUCUUUGCAAAUAAUUAGUUAAUUUCUAAUUUAAUUACUGCUCCCAAUAAGCAAUAAAGCCUGUACUGUUGGAGUACUCAAAAUGCCAACAUUAGUUGGUUUGGCCCACUUUUUUGUUUCUCCGUCUGAAUUUUAUUAAGUAACAGAAAUGUCCUUGUGUAGUUACAGUAAAUCAGGGAUCAAAUCAAGCAUUUUUCAAUCACUAUUUUGUCCCCUGAGGUCAACCUAUGCAAGUAAAUUUUAGCUGCUUGCCUUUAUGACUUCUAUGUUCACACCUUUGUGUGUUAAGCAAGCAAGUAAGAACUUGAGCUCACACACAUGCUGCUGAUUUGCUUUUGGGUCUAUAUGGCGGAGUACAUGUUGCGCCAUUUGGGACACGGCUUAUAAUUGACCAUUUUCUCAGGUAACUGAUUUGCUUCAUAGCAUAUCUAAAAAUAGUGUUACUAGUAAGCUGACGAUUCACAAUUUUAUUUCUCAGUGAGUGUAUACAAGAUGUGUUUGAGUGCCGUAAGUUGCUUCAAAGAUAUUGUCAUUUUUAUAUAGAACGUAACGUGAUGUUAUUGAACAUUUUUGCUGUUUAAAUAUUUGAAAAUAUUUUGUGCAUUCACCUAAAAAUCCGGUUUUUAUUAUUCAAGUGGUGGAUUUCAGGUCGUUAAAUUCAGGUUGUUGUAUACGGUUGAAUAAUUCAGGUGGCAAAAUUCAAGGAUGAUAUCCAGGAAUGCAAGGAAGAGCAAACGAGCGUCAAUGUAUUCCAUCUUUCUCUUGGACAAUCGCAAAGAUUGAAAAAUCAUUUCAUGAUCAUGUAAGGAGUCUUUGAGUGCAUUUGGCUUUUCAAUAAGAAGAUCAGUACUGUUGUUAAUGGUAGCUUUUUCUUUUGAGCUGCUUUUUUUUUUUUAGAUCUAUUGCUAAAAUAAAAAAUGUCUUU